GCUUUGCCUCUGGCCGGUCAGGGCUCCGGGCACGCGCGCCCCCCGCCCCCGCCGCCGCGGCCCCGCCCCUCCGCUUCCUCCCGGGUAUCUGGCACCACGGCCGCGGGGCGACAGAAGAGCCCGAGCUGGCGAGGCGGCGGCAGCAGCUAUGGCAGGGACAGAGUUGGAACGGUGCCAGCGGCAGGCGGAUGAGGUGACAGAAAUCAUGCUCGACAACUUCGGCAAGGUCCUGGAGCGCGAUGGGAAACUGGCGGAGCUGGAGCAGCGUUCGGACCAACUGCUGGACAUGAGCUCAGCCUUCAGCAAGACAACCAAGACCCUGGCUCAGAAGAAGCGCUGGGAGAACAUGCGUUGCUGGAUCUACUUGGGGCUGGUGGUGGGCGCCGGCCUACUCAUCCUCCUGAUUGUGCUGCUGGCCAUCUUUCUCCCACAGAGCAGUGGGGGCAGCAGUGCCCCACAGGCCGAGGGUGCUGCCUCAGGGUCCAGGAACUGACCCAGCUGGGCCUGGAGGACAGGCCAAGUGGCCGCACUGGCUGGUCCUGGUGUCCAGAGAACCCUGGCAUUUGCUUCCAUCUGAGCCACCCGACUGAGCACUGAAGAGCGACCCUGAUGUGUGCACCUUUGCAUCUCCUAUCACGCCACAGACUGGCCCGGGCAGGCCAGCCCCACCUGGAGAUCAGUAAAAGCUGCUGUUUGGUUAAAA